AUGACAGAAGAAGGCUCAAUGACCAGAAAAAAUAAGGACUCCCAUACGCCAUUGAUGACCAGCCGAGCAAGGCACAACCUACCCUCAACCCGAUCUCAGCGACUCCACUCUCAGGUUUACUACCUCCUUGAGCAUUGCACUUUUGCCCUUGGACACCGCCACCACCUUCGCUUUGUACUUGAAGGAAAAUUGACUCAAACUCAGGCUUGCAUCCCCGAGGGCACCCUAAAAACCCCCAUAACUUGGGCCCCUCGGUUCCUUUUCAAUACCCCUCAUAUAAUCCAAAACACCCAUCAGAGGGUGUAA